AUGCAGUCCCCAGAGCACAGCACAAAUGGAGAGUACUCAGUGCGCACCAUGGAGUAUUCGGCAGAGUCAGAAGCGAUGGGCCAGCACACGUCCAUGGAUUCCGGAAACGUAGCAGAAACUGCCGAGGCAAGGACUAGCAGUGUUUUAUCAGAUCCUCCAGGUGACUCCGAAGCACUCAGGCUGGAGUUCGGGAACCACGAGUCUAGCAGAGGCCUGGGAGUGUUAAGGGUUCGGCCGCCAGGGGUUAACAGGGAUCUGUGGCCUGUGGCGGGCGCGUUCACCAGUUCUCACAACUCGCUCUUCCUGGGAGCUCCCUGUGCCCCGGGAGCGGAGAUUUACCCGCUGGGGCUCGGUUCUUCUACGCUCCGUCGGAACGCAGACCCUUCGCACGCCGGUAUAGUGCGUUUGGUCCGGGAGGAGCGUUACAAGCUGGCGAUCGCCACGGCGCUGGCCAUCCUGCUACUGCAGGGCCUGGUGGUGUGGAGCUUCAGCGGCCUGGAGGACGACGAGCCGGGCGAGAAAGGAAGGCAGAGGAAGCCAAGGCCGCUGGACCCCGGCGAGGGCUCCAAAGACACAGACAGCUCUGCAGGGCGACGGGGCAGUGCGGGCAGAAGGCAUGGGCGCUGGCGGGGUCGUGCUGAAGGCCCGGGUGUGCCCGUGGCCAAGGUGGUUCGGGCGGUAACCAGCCGGCAGAGAUCCAGCCGGCGGGUCCCCCCGGCCCCACCCCCAGAAGGCCCAGGCCGCCAGAACCUGAGCGGGGCCGCAGCGGGGGAGGCCUUGGAAGGAGCAGCUGGCUUCCCACCACAUGGAGACACGGGGAGUGUGGAGGGCGCCCCCCAGCCCACGGACCACAGCUUCACCCCUAAGUGCGAGAUUGUGGGCAAGGACGCGCUGUCUGCACUGGCCCGGGCCAGCACCAAGCAGUGCCAGCAAGAGAUCGCCAACGUGGUGUGCCUGCACCAGGCUGGGAGCCUCAUGCCCAAGGUGGUGCCUCGGCACUGCCAGCUGGCUGGGAAGGUGAGUCCCGGCAUCCAGUGGGACGAGAUCCGGGCCCAGCAGCCCGUGGAUGGCCCCUCGGUACGAAUCGCCUACAUGCUGGUGGUUCAUGGCCGCGCCAUCCGCCAGCUGAAGCGUCUCCUCAAGGCUGUCUACCAUGAGCAGCACUUUUUUUAUAUCCACGUGGACAAGCGCUCCAACUACCUCCAUCGUGAGGUGGUGGAGCUGGCUCAGCGCUACGACAAUGUGCGGGUGACGCCCUGGCGCAUGGUCACCAUCUGGGGUGGGGCCAGCCUCCUGAGGAUGUAUCUGCGGAGCAUGCGAGAUCUGCUGGAGGUGCCCGGCUGGGCCUGGGACUUCUUCAUCAACCUCAGCGCCACUGACUACCCGACCAGGACCAACGAGGAACUGGUGGCAUUCCUAUCCAAGAACCGAGACAAAAAUUUCCUCAAGUCACAUGGCCGGGACAACUCUAGGUUCAUCAAGAAGCAGGGCUUAGACCGGCUCUUCCAUGAGUGCGACUCACACAUGUGGCGCCUGGGCGAGCGGCAGAUCCCGGCGGGCAUUGUGGUGGACGGUGGCUCUGACUGGUUUGUGCUGACGCGCAGCUUCGUGGAGUAUGUGGUGUACACGGAUGACCCGCUGGUGGCGCAGCUGCGCCAGUUCUACACGUACACGCUGCUCCCGGCUGAGUCCUUCUUCCACACCGUGCUGGAGAACAGCCUGGCCUGCGAAAGCCUCGUGGACAACAACCUACGGGUCACCAACUGGAACCGCAAGCUGGGCUGCAAGUGCCAGUACAAGCACAUCGUGGACUGGUGCGGCUGCUCCCCCAACGACUUCAAGCCACAGCAAGUCUCCAGACCCACCUUCUUCGCCCGGAAGUUUGAGUCGACUGUGAACCAGGAAGUUCUGGAAAUCCUGGACUUCCACCUGUAUGGCAGCUACCCGCCCGGCACGCCGGCUCUCAAGGCCUACUGGGAGAACACCUACGACGUGGCCGACGGCCCCAGUGCGCUCAGCGAUGUCAUGCUCACCGCUUACACCGCCUUCAGCCGUCUCGGCCUGCGCCAUGCCGCCACCGCCACUCCCUCCCUGGCCACGGCACUCUGCAGGUUUGAGCCCAGGGGCUUGCCCUCCAGCGUGCACCUGUAUUUCUAUGACGACCAUUUCCAGGGCUACCUGGUGACGCAGACGGUGCAGCCCUCAGCCCAGGGCCCAGCAGAGACGCUUGAGAUGUGGCUGAUGCCCCAGGGGUCGCUGAAACUGUUGGGGCGCAGUGACCAGGCCAGCCGGCUCCAGAGUUUGGAGGUUGGCACCGAGUGGGACCCCAAAGAGCGUCUUUUCCGGAACUUUGGGGGGUUGCUGGGGCCGCUGGAUGAGCCUGUGGCUGUGCAGCGCUGGGCCCGGGGCGCCAACCUCACAGCCACUGUGGUCUGGAUCGACCCAACCUACGUGGUGGCCACGUCGUACGACAUCACAGUAGACACAGAGACUGAGGUCACGCAGUACAAGCCUCCACUGAGCCGGCCCCUGCGGCCGGGGGCCUGGACCGUGCGACUGCUCCAGUUCUGGGAGCCCCUGGGUGAGACCCGCUUCCUCGUGCUGCCCUUGACCUUCAACCGUAAACUACCUCUCAGGAAAGACGAUGCCAGCUGGCUGCAUGGGGGGCCACCCCACAACGAGUACAUGGAGCAGAGUUUCCAGGGUCUGAGCAGCAUCCUGAACCUGCCUCAGCCAGAGCCGGCGGAGGAGGCGGCCCGGCGGCACCUGGAGCUCACGGGCCCAGCCCUUGAGGCCUGGACAGAUGGGGAGCUGAGCGGCUUCUGGUCCGUGGCUGGACUGUGUGCCAUGGGGCCCUCUGCCUGCGCCUCCCUGGAGCCCUGCAGACUGACCAGCUGGAGCUCUGUGUCCCCUGACCCCAAAUCAGAGCUGGGGCCCGUCAAAGCGGAUGGGCGACUCAGGUAGCAGGGCCCCAGCCAGCCCCCGACGGAGGACUGGGGGAAUUGCACCUUACAGACAGUGGAAGGGAUUCCCUCCCACAGGCGAGAACCAGAGGCCCGGCAGCACCCCCAUUUCAGCCAUCGAGAACCCGCACCGACGGCAGGGAAGGUGAAGGCAGCAUUAGCUACUGCCAACGGCUCAGCGAGGGGCCAGAGGGUUGGUGGGAACGUGAAAAGGGUUCAGCGGCGUUCCAUGCCCGGCUCUUCCUCACCUUCCUCCCUAGUUUGUAUUUUUUUAAAGAAAUUAUUAAUAAUAUUUAAAAAGGAAAAAUGGGUGGUGGGGGGAAGAACUAGAAACAGAAGUUGUGCAAUAGGGCUCAGAGCAGCCCCAGGAAGUGGGCCAUGGCUUGGGGAGCAGGGGCCAGCUGAGCCGUAUGCUACUGCCCUGGAUGAGGUGGGGCCUGGGCCUCGUCCCCCAGCCUGGGCCUGUGGUGCUCAUGGCCAAGGCUCUGUGGGGCCUUGCCAGACUCUGAGGCCCAGAGAACAGGUGACUGGGCCUCUUCAGAGCAGGGCUCUAGCAGGUCAGCCUCUCCUCUUGUAGCCAGGGGACCCAAGGAGGCAGGGGCUGGCUCUAGGGCUUUCUCUCCAGCAUACUCUGCCCCUUGAUGGGAGAGGCAUCAAGGCCUCCUGAGGCCAACGCAGAGCUUCCAGGCACUCCCAGGUGUGCCCAGAGGGUAAGCCCUCGUGAGCAGCGUGGGAAGGCGACGAAUCAGGGCUCUCAGCAGAACGCAGAGUAGCAUUGUGCCUCAAGCUCAGUGUGAAGUCUGAAAUAUGCAACAGAAGAAAUAUAUGUCUAUCUCUACACCG